AUGAGUGGCGCCGAUGUUGCAGCAGAGGCUGCCGACGUCACCACUAGUACGCAGGGCAGAGUUGACAACCUGGAGAGCAAAGUUUCAGGCCUGACGGACGAGGUACAGCAGCUGGCUGGGCUGCUUCGAUCCGCCCUCGGAAAGUUAGAGAAGGAGGGGGAGUCCGGCGGCGCUGGGGUGGGCGCUGUCGUUACGGGCGAUGCGCCCACCCGCGGUACCCAGGAGGGGGCACCGCAAAACGAGGGAAUCACGCCACCCUCAGACCCGGCGGUUGGGCCGGGUGGCGGACGUGACAGGGGAUCGCUCCCCCAAGGUGAGACAACCGAGACAUAUGGCGGCGGUACCGGAGGUUUUGGCGGAUUCGUCGGAGAAGGAGAUGGUUUUCACCAGAACCCGUAUAGCAAAAUGCGUGUGUCAGUGCACGCGCUGCGUCGCGAAGGCGGCCAGGGAUAUUACUCAUGGAGGAGGGCCUUUAUCCAGGCUGCUAAUACAGUAGACAUGGACGGCCAGUUCGUAGGGGCCACGGAACCCCAGCCGGACGUCGGGGACAUGAACAAACCCAAAGCUACGUUGCUGGCAGAGGGGUACUCCGAGGCGCAGAUCCACCGCAGCCUCCAAGCUUUCCACUUUCUGUCCUCGGCCCUGGUGAGGGAGCCAGACAAGGCCGUCUUCGGGAGAUGUGUGACGCCGAAGCAGGCGUUGGAUGAACUCGACAAGGUGCACAACCCGGAAUCGCAGGUAGCCACACAGGAGUUGCUCAGCAAGUUUCAGAACUUCGCAAUGCCGGCCGACAAAAACCCGACUGAAUCGCUUAUCGCCGUGGAGCAACUCGCAAGUCGUCUGAACGAGAGAGGGGUCAGGGUCAAGGCUUCUUACGUGCUGUCGCUCUUCCUUUCGGCCCUACCGGCCGAGUACGACCAUGCCAAACUGACUCUGCAGUCCGCACCGACUCUGGACCGGGGAGAGGUCAUCAGAGUGGUGGGCUCCCAGCACUCCAGCAUCAAGCAGGGGAAGAGCCAUCGGAACAGCAACCGCAACAAUCACAAGGCGUCUGAGCAGGGAUUACUCGUGAGCGCCGACAAUGGCAGCGGCGGAAAAGCUGGUCGCAACCGCGGCCGCGGGGGACGCGGCGGUGGCGGAAACGGCGAAAAUGGCGGCAGCCGCAACGGCAACGGCAUCGGCGGUGGAGACGGCAGCAGCUACGGCGACAGUCGUAGGGGCCGGUGCUACCGGUGCAAGAGGCGAGGGCACCAGUCGUUUUCGUGCACUACCCCUAUCGCCGACUUCAUGACCCAGUGCGAGAACUGCGACGGGUAUGGACACGAUAAGAGCAAGUGCCCGUCGGCGAAGGACGAGGAGGAGGCGAAGGGCGAGACGGCGGUCAUGGCGGUUGCGGUGGCGAGCGAUGACGAGGAGCUGGAUGUGGCACGUGAGGCCUUGUAAGAAGAGGCGGGGGAAAGACACAAUAUCCGCGCUGGUCACUACGCGCGCACCAUCCACACACAGC